AUGGAAAGCCCAACUGCCGUCGAACUCCAUACGAAAGAGGGACAUCUGGAAAAGCGCUUUUCGAAACUGACCAUGAUCGGUAUGACUUUUGCUAUCUUGAAUACAUGGAUCGCAUUGGCCGGGACGCUGGGGAUCGUGAUGCCUUCUGGGGGGCCUGUGUCCUUUGUCUAUGGGUUCAUCCUAUGCGUCCUUUGCAAUUUAUGCAUCGCCGCAAGCCUAGGAGAAUUGAGUUCGAUUUGGCCCACCGCUGGAGGUCAGUAUCACUGGGCAUUCGCAGCAUCUCAUGAAAGUUGGAAGGUCAUGAUGAGCUUCAUCGUUGGCUGGAUCAACAUUGCUGGGUGGUUGACAUUAAUCACCACCGAAGCCUUUUUUGCUGCCCAAUUUUUCUCUGCCGCCAUCCAAGUGGGUUCGGGGGGACACUAUGAGAUUACCGAAUGGCGAACAUAUCUCAUCUUCGUCGCGGUCUCUCUCUUUGGGGUCUUGUUGAAUGUUUUUGGGUACCACCUCCUGGGUCGUUGGAAUGAAGGCGCUUUGUUGUGGUCUAUUCUCGCAUGCGUCGUCAUUAGUGCCACGAUCCUGGCCACUUCUGAAAAAACCCAUGCAAAAUAUGUCUUUACCGAUUUCUCCAAUACGACCGGCUGGAGUGAUGGCAUGGCUUGGAUCUUGGGUCUGCUUCAGUCUGCUUUGUCUCUGAUCGGCUUCGACGCUGUGGCCCAUCUGACUGAAGAAAUGCCACGACCGACAAGAGAUGCCCCCAUUGCCAUGAUCACGGCGGUGGCAAUUGGAGGAAUAACUGGUAUUGCUUUUAUCCUGGUAAUGUUGUUCAGCCUUACCGACCCGCAGACCAUUUUGUCUACUCCCACUAGAAUGCCCAUCACCGAGAUCAUCCAUCAAGCAACACACAGUCGGGCUGCGGCGGUCGUGCUCACCGUGGCUCUCGCGAUUUGUUUCGUCAACGGCACCAAUGGCAGCAUCACAUCUGGCUCAAGGCUUCUGUGGGCCAUGGCUCGAGACAAUGGUACACCAUUUUCACGAUGUCUUGCACGUAUUGAACCUCGUCUGAACGUACCUGUGAAUGCAAUCCUGGUGGCUGCUACUUUCAAUCUACUCUUUGGUUUACUGUAUCUUGGCCCACCCGUGGCAUUCAACGCUUAUAUCGCCAGCUGCACCAUUUUCCUCAAUGUCUCCUACGCGGCUCCCGUCCUCGUUUUUCUUGUCCGAGGACGAUCUGCCGUGGCGGAUCUCACUCCGGAUUUCAGCCUCGGCCAUCGGUAUGGCUUCGUCAUCAAUUUAAUAGCUGUUGUGUUCGUCUUUGUUACAUCAAUUUUUUUCUGCUUCCCGGCGACAUACGACGUGAACGCAUCGAAUAUGAAUUAUGUCUCUGUUGUCGUGGGACUUUUCUUGAUAUUUAUCGCCGGGUUGUGGAUAGUCAAAAAGGGAGCGUACCAUGGCCCACAAUUCGAUCUGAUCCUCGGGGAGGACGUGAUACAUCGCGACGCUAUGCAGGGGCUACACCGAAGUUCGAUCCAGGAAGAGAAGGAAGCACGUGUUGAAGGGACCGAAGAUUGA